CGUUCGGGCGGGUUGCUGGGGCGCCUCCACCUCCUCUUCCUAAAGCGGCGAGGCGCAGCCGAGCGGCAUCACUGGAGCCCAGGUCCCAGCCACCGCCGUACGUACAGCCUUGCGUUCAGGAAGAGGAGCAGCACCACAGUUGGCCGAGACCUCGGCGGGUGGGCAUCAGAGAGGCCCAGAUCGAGAAGCCUAGGAGAGCAGCCGAGCUACCCCCGUAGGAGGAGCCAGUCUAAGUCCAAGGCGCCACCACCGCGAAAGCAGCGCAAAGUAGCUAUCGUCUCCAUGGCCCACUCACCGGUGGCUGUCCAAGUGCCCGGGAUGCAGAAUAAUAUAGCUGAUCCGGAAGAACUAUUCACAAAAUUAGAGCGCAUUGGAAAAGGCUCCUUUGGAGAAGUUUUCAAAGGAAUCGAUAACCGUACUCAGCAAGUGGUUGCAAUUAAAAUCAUUGACCUUGAGGAAGCCGAGGAUGAAAUAGAAGACAUCCAGCAAGAAAUAACGGUUUUGAGUCAGUGCGACAGCUCAUAUGUUACAAAAUACUACGGCUCCUAUUUAAAGGGUUCAAAACUAUGGAUAAUAAUGGAAUACCUAGGUGGAGGUUCAGCAUUGGAUCUUCUGCGCGCCGGCCCAUUUGAUGAGUUCCAGAUCGCCACCAUGCUCAAGGAGAUUUUGAAAGGUCUGGACUAUCUACAUUCUGAAAAGAAAAUUCACCGAGACAUUAAAGCUGCCAAUGUCUUGCUUUCAGAGCAAGGUGAUGUUAAACUGGCUGACUUCGGAGUUGCUGGCCAGCUGACUGAUACACAAAUUAAAAGAAACACCUUUGUAGGAACUCCAUUUUGGAUGGCUCCUGAAGUUAUUCAACAGUCUGCUUAUGACUCUAAAGCUGACAUUUGGUCUUUGGGAAUUACUGCUAUUGAACUUGCCAAGGGCGAGCCUCCGAAUUCUGACAUGCAUCCAAUGAGAGUUCUGUUUCUUAUUCCAAAAAACAACCCCCCAACUCUUGUUGGAGACUUCACUAAGUCUUUCAAGGAGUUUAUUGAUGCUUGCCUGAAUAAAGAUCCAUCCUUUCGUCCCACAGCUAAAGAACUUUUGAAACAUAAGUUCAUUGUGAAAAAUUCAAAGAAGACUUCUUAUCUGACUGAACUGAUCGAUCGAUUUAAGAGAUGGAAGGCAGAAGGGCACAGUGAUGAUGAAUCUGAUUCUGAGGCCUCUGACUCGGAAUCCACCAGCAGGGACAGUAAUACUCACCCUGAGUGGAGUUUCACCACUGUGCGAAAGAAGCCUGAUCCAAAGAAACUACAGAAUGGGGAAGAGCAAGAUCUUGUGCAAACCUUGAGCUGUUUGUCUAUGAUAAUCACACCUGCAUUUGCCGAACUUAAACAGCAGGAUGAGAAUAAUGCAAGGCGAAACCAGGCAAUUGAAGAACUUGAGAAAAGUAUUGCCGUGGCUGAAGCUGCCUGUCCUGGCAUCACAGAUAAAAUGGUGAAGAAAUUAAUCGAAAAAUUUCAAAAGUGUUCUGCAGAUGAAUCCUCCUAAGAAAUUUGUUGUCAUUAUUGUUGGCUUGUGUUUCAUAUGGACCCAGAGAAACCCACCAAAGCUAUGUCAACCUUAAUAACGCUUAUUAUUAACUCAUGAGCUCCAUGUGCCUUUUGGAUCUUUGCGACAUUGAAGAUUUAGAAGAAGCUAUUCAGCUAUUUUGUGAUGGUGGCUAUCAUUUUGUAUUUUAAAGAGGUUAGUUUGUAAGGAAUAAUUUUAAUACUAUAGUUUUGCCUGUAUUGUAGUAAAUGUUGAGAUACAGUUUUCUGAUUUUAGGUACCAUUAUUUCUUAUGUUACUGGAAGAUAUGUUGUUUGGUUUGGAAUCUUCAGUUAACUGUACACUCAUACAGGUCUUUCAAUGUCAUCCUAAUUUUCAAACAUUUGUAAGGCAUCAAGCUUCAUAAAGUAUCCUUUUUUCCCCCCCACACAGGAAUAUUCUAAAAAUGACUGUUUGUAGUGGGGUAGAAAUAAGGAAUGCCUUCUUAAAACAAGUGUUUUUAAGAAGCUCUUGGAAAAAAAAACACCUAGAAAAGUAUUGAUGUUCCUAACAAGUUAUUCUGAAUUCCAGGCAGCUCCAUGUUUUAUCACAUUCGAGAACCUUGUCUUUGAAGCAUUUCCAGGCAGUACGUAGCAGCAGAAGUACCUCUUGGUGGAUUUAUCUCCUCUUUCAGAGGGAAGAAUGAAUUAAUGCUUAUUUAGCAUAGUUAGACAUUUAAAGUAAUCUCUUAUACCCAAGGAUGGGGGUCUGGUUAGAUUGGAGGUGUUAGUUUUGCUUUGAUGAGCUCAAAUCACAUUUCACAUGCUUGGAUUUUAGAAAACUUUUAACAACCUUUUUGUCUUGGGACUAAAUACCUGAUCAAUGGAUGUAAACAUAACUUCCCACCAGCAUCUUUUGCCAUGGUAAUGCAUUUUCAUAGAAAUUAUUUAUCCAUUUUGCUUUAUAAUUAUCCACACAUAAGCACAAUGUGCUCAAUUUUGAAAGGGUAUUUAAAUGAACUUUGUCCAGUGCAUAUGAAAAUACCAUAGGGCAGAAUAAUUUCUCUUCAUGCAACGAUAACAUAGACUGUACAGUUAAUUUUCAGUUCUAUUUAUGGUACUGUUAAGUGGGUAAUAUCCUUUUUUUUUCUUAGCCAUAUAGAUAUAUAAUGCUUGCCUAGGUGCUGAACUGGGGCUAUAGUUUUGUAGUUUUAGAGUUGUUGAUACUGAUUAAUUUCAAUAGCUAAGAUUUUAAUGUUUUUAUCUGCAUAUUUGAUUUUUGCACAAAACAUUUUUAAAAUAUUUGAAUAACUGCCAAAUAUUAAAAGAAAGAUGUACAAGUAAACAAUACAGCUCUUACUUGAAAUGACCAUUGCAUCCCUUCUUUUAAAAGAGAAGUACAAACACUCGAGAAGGUGUGAUAUCAUACGCCAAGAGCAUUCUUUUCAUUGGUGCCUAUACGUGCUUUGAAUUGAUUGUAUUUUGAAGUAAUGAUUUGGUUAGAUUUUUCAUCUGCUUUGUAACUGAAACUCAAUUAGGUGGAUUACAUUCAUAUUUUUGUAAAAAUAAAAUCAACGAGUUCAUAAAUGGAUUGUGUAAAACCUUACCACACCUGUGCAUCUCAAAUACAACCUGUAUUGCUUAAUCAAUAUAGCCUUAGCCCUGUAGAUUGUUUCUAGGUGAAGCAUAUGUUGGUGUUUGGGGAUUUUAAAAA